AUGGUUGAGUCUAGCGUUUUGGGAUUCCCAAGAAUCGGAGCUUUCAGAGAGCUCAAGAAGAACACCGAGGCCUACUGGGCAGGCAAGAUCGGUGCCGAUCAGCUUCUUGCUGUUGGUAAGGAGAUCAGAGAAAAGAACUGGAAGUUGCAGAAGGAAGCUGGUGUUGACAUCAUUCCUUCCAACGAUUUCUCUUUCUACGACCAGGUCCUGGACCUGUCUGUCCUGUUCAAUGUGAUCCCAGAGAGAUACACCAAGUUCGAUCUUCCUCAAUUGGACGUCCUGUUCGCCAUGGGUAGAGGUCUGCAAAGAAAGGCCACCGAGACCACCAAAGCCGUCGAUGUGACCGCUUUGGAGAUGGUCAAGUGGUUCGACUCCAACUACCACUAUGUCAGACCGACCUUCUCCCACUCCACCGAGUUCAAGUUGAACGGCCAGAAGCCUGUUGACGAGUACUUGGAGGCCAAGGCCCUUGGCAUCGAGACCAGACCUGUUCUUGUUGGUCCUGUUUCCUACCUGUACCUGGGUAAGCCAGACAAAGACUCGCUUGACCUGAAGCCAAUCUCCCUGCUUGAGAAGAUUCUGCCUGUCUACACCGAGAUCUUGAAGAAGCUGGCUGACGCAGGCGCCAAGGAGGUCCAGAUCGACGAGCCUACCUUGGUCCUGGACUUGCCAGAAGAGGUCCAGGCCGCUUUCAAGACCGCCUACGAGACUUUGGCCAAGGCUGAGGGUCUCCCAAAGCUGAUCUUGACCACCUACUUCGGUGAUGUCAGACCAAACCUGUCUGCUAUCAAGGGCCUGCCGGUUGCCGGUUUCCACUUCGACUUUGUCAGAUGCCCAGAGCAGCUGGACGAUGCUCUUGCUCUUGUUUCCGACAAGCAAACUCUGUCCGUUGGUAUUGUUGACGGAAGAAACAUCUGGAAGAACGACUACGCUCAAUCGAUCGACUUUGUCAAGAAGGCUAUCGAGAAGCUGGGCGCCAACAAUGUCGUUGUCUCCACCUCCUCUUCUCUGUUGCACACUCCAGUUGACCUGGAGAACGAGAAGAAGCUCGACGCCGAGAUCAAGAACUGGUUCUCGUUCGCUACCCAGAAGCUGGCCGAGGUCGUCACCAUCGCCAAGGCUGUUUCUGGUGAAGACGUUUCUGCUGCUUUGGAGGCUAAUGCUGCUGCCAUUAAGAGCAGAAAGGAGUCCGACCUGACCAACGACGAGGCCGUCAAGGCCAGAAUGGCCAAGAUCGACAAGUCUCUGUCCACCAGAAAGUCUCCAUUCCCAGAGAGACUUGCCAAGCAGAAGGCCAAGUACAACCUGCCUCUGUUCCCAACCACCACUAUCGGAUCUUUCCCACAGACCAAGGACAUUAGAGUUAAUAGAAACAAGUUCGUCAAGGGCGAGAUCACUGCCGAGCAAUACGAGCAGUUCAUCAACUCCGAGAUCGAGAAGGUCGUCAGAUUCCAAGAGGAGGUUGGUCUUGAUGUUCUUGUCCACGGUGAGCCAGAGAGAAACGACAUGGUUCAGUACUUUGGUGAGCAACUGAAGGGUUACGCUUUCACCACCAACGGUUGGGUGCAAUCGUAUGGUUCCAGAUACGUCAGACCACCUAUUAUUGUUGGUGAUGUGUCUAGACCAAAGGCCAUGUCCGUGAAGGAGAGUGUCUACGCUCAAUCGUUGACCAAGAAGCCAAUGAAGGGUAUGUUGACCGGUCCUGUCACCUGUUUGAGAUGGUCUUUCCCAAGAAACGACGUCUCGCAAAAGGUGCAAUCUCUGCAACUGUCUCUUGCCCUGAGAGACGAGGUCAACGACCUGGAAGCCGCUGGUGUGACCGUCAUCCAGGUCGACGAGCCAGCAAUCAGAGAGGGACUGCCAUUGAGAGCCGGCCAGGAGAGAUCCGACUACUUGGAGUGGGCUGCUGAAUCUUUCAGAGUCGCCACCUCUGGUGUCAGAGACGACACUCAAAUCCACUCUCACUUCUGCUACUCCGACCUUGAUCCUAACCACAUCAAGGCCUUGGACGCCGACGUUGUCUCGAUUGAGUUCUCCAAGAAGGAUGACCCUAAGUACAUCCAGGAGUUUUCCAACUAUCCAAACCACAUUGGUCUUGGAUUGUUCGACAUCCACUCGCCAAGAAUUCCAUCCAAGGAGGAGUUCGUGGCCAGAAUUGGCGAGAUCUUGAAGGUGUACCCAGCAGACAAGUUCUGGGUUAACCCAGACUGUGGUUUGAAGACCAGAGGAUGGGAGGAGACCAGAGCUUCUUUGACCAACAUGGUGGAGGCCGCUAAGGUCUUUAGAGAAAAGUACUAA